AAACACUACUCUCUUAUCUUUCUCUUGUUAACUAAUUAAAAUGACUCUCACAAAGGCCUUGUUCUUUGUGACCGCUCUAUGCUGCACCUCUGCCGCAUAUGCUGCAAGGUUUGACAUCACAAACCGAUGCUCAUACCCUGUUUGGGCCGCGGCUGUGCCUGGCGGUGGCAGGAGGCUGAACUCGGGCCAGUCAUGGGCUUUAGACGUGCCUGCAGGAACGAAAGGGGCCCGCGUUUGGGCCCGAACCGGCUGCAACUUCGACGGCUCGGGCCGCGGUGGAUGCCAGACCGGUGACUGCGGGGGUGUCCUCGACUGCAAAGCUUACGGCACGCCUCCCAACACCCUAGCGGAAUACGCGCUGAACCAGUUCAGCAAUUUGGACUUCUUCGACAUCUCCCUCGUGGACGGUUUUAACGUGCCCAUGGACUUUAGUCCAACCUCGAAUGGGUGCACACGUGGCAUAAGGUGCACUGCGGACAUUAACGGACAGUGCCCUAGUCAGCUAAAGACUCAAGGAGGCUGCAACAACCCUUGCACUGUCUUCAAAACCGACCAGUACUGUUGCAAUUCCGGUAGCUGUGUGCCCACUGAUUAUUCCAGAUUCUUCAAGCAAAGGUGCCCCGAUGCUUAUAGUUACCCCAAGGAUGAUCCAACUAGCACCUUCACUUGUAAGGGUGGGACUAACUAUAGGGUUGUCUUUUGCCCUUGAACCCAAUAACCUCUUCUAUUACGGACACUGAAUAAAAAUAAAGAAUAAUGGUGUACCUUUUUAAAAUAAAGUUUAAUUGGAUGUAAUUUUAAUGUAAAA